CCGUUCUCAGUGGUAAAGAUUUAUUGAUCGGCCUUUGGUUUGAACCCGAUGUUUGCGUGUUCCGGGCAGCUUACGUAAACUGUCCCACUCCAUCUGUUUGUGCUAAAUAUAUGGAUACUGCACUCGAUCCUCGAAUAACCGAAUCGGGUACUGACAAGGAAUCGCACAAUACACAUGUUGAGGAUAUUGACUGGAAUGAUACAGCUGAUGGAUUCAUUCUCCCAGAAAUUGAUAUACCUCAUGAUCAAGUUUGUACAUUGGCGGGCCUCCUUGAAAGGACAUCAUACACCAAUUCUCCCACAUCUUCUGAACUUGAGACAACACUCUACUCAAGAGCACUAAACGCAGACCAAUCGAAAAUAAAGCAGAAUUCAGAAGAUGUCAUCAAAGGGUAUGGGGAAGACUCUACAACGCCUCUCGAAUCAUACUUCUUGUCGACGCCAAAUCUCAAGGAUAACAGGCGGUCAUUUAUAUCUAAGCCGUUCAAAUCACCAGGCCCAGGUACGAACGCAAGUGCUAAAGAAAUUACAGGCAGUGCAGACGAUGACAGUGAGGAAGGCGAACGGUUCGAUGUUUCAGCAAAUUUUAAUAUUGAAAGUUCUAAUUCUGGCAAAGCAAGAGGAAAUACUCCACAAGGAAGUCAACUGAAUGCUCCCAGCAGAUAUGAUAAGUACACCUUUGAUCCUCCAAAACCGGAAAAGGCCUGUCCAAAAUCUAAGCGACAGAAAAAGUCUCGAUCAGAUGUUACCCACUCGGAAACUAUGACUGCCCCCAAAAGUACCGUGUGUGUCACGAAAGGUCCGGGUAUAAUGUAUCAGUUGCAAUUUUGCGCAGAAAACUGUCGCCUUCAGCCACUCUUCAUUGACAAACGUCAAGAAGCCGCGGGUGAGACAGACAAAAAAAUUCAACCGGCGCACUAUGAAUACCGAGACCCUUCUAAGAGCAUAGGCACGGGCGUGCAUGUGCUACGACAGAGAUAUGCUUUAAGUACAGAUGAAAAUCCACACAAAGCAAACAGGCCUGUUCUACCACCUUUGAGAGUCUAUACGGAUGAUAUGACAACUAGCCGAAAACGAGUUGGUAGUGCGGUUGGACGCGGAAACGGAACUGGUAAUGUGUACUUGGUUUACAGAGAUAUUUUAUUCAGAGUUAGAACACCCGCAUUUCCUAUUUCAAGUAUGAAACUCCCUGUCUCGGAAGAUAUUGCAGCACAGUUGACGCAACUUGGAAUGCCCACUACGGAUUCACUUAAAAACAAGGGUAUUCUUGUUUGCCGAUGUGGGUUCGAUCUGCUUCAGUUCCAUUUUGACAUGGUGCAAACUUCUCUUAACCGAGUUGAGCUGAAGGGUACCGUGGCUGUGCAAACCGAAGACAAAAUGGUGUACUUGAAGGAAAAAUCCAAUAUAACCGGGCGUAUGUGUCUUCUGGCUGUGCCAGAAAGUACAUAUUUUUACCAGGAUCCGAUGGUAAAUAUCCACCGCUUGCACAAGCAUCAUCAGCUGAAAAACGUAAUGCCCCUGUGGAAAUACGAACUGAUGAGAGCACGACUGGCAGAACGACGUGGAGCUACACAAACAGAGUCGCAGCUUCAAAAGGUCUUUCAGCAAACCAGAGGCUCACGCUUGUGCUUUGAAGGACUUGAUAUGAUCAUUACAGCCCAAGCCGGAUUGCUGUGUUCAGAAGUAUCAUCAGGACAAGAUAAUUACAAUGAACUGCUCUACGGGCAUCAGAACGAACGAUUUAGACUCAAGAGGCCCCCACAAUUUGUCACCCAAUCGUCCAAAAAGACCGAGGAUAAUGAAGCAAUAAAUGUAAGUGUAAACAAAAUGCAACUCCAUAUUCUCGCCACUGGUGGCUUCAUUCGAAGUACCAGUAACUCAAAGGUGUUUGAAAUGCAAGGCGGCAACAUGUCGCAUGACCGCAAGAUGUGGUCCCCCGUAGAUAUCUUAUCUGACUACAUAGCCGGUUCAAUUGCAAAUGUCAUCCGAAAAUUGCGCGAACACGAAGUUGCAGCCUACAAGGCCGGGGUUGGCGGUCCAACAGGGGAGUUGGUGGCGUCCUUUAUAUCGGCCCUCGAUGAACGUGCUAAUGAAAGGAACAUCGAAAUCGAAAAGAUGUGCGCCCAUCAUUACCAGGGGUUCGCGGAAGCAACUAGAGAUUUAUUGAGCAUACAGAAUGAUUCAUCAACAAUGCAGAGUGACAUCCAGGCCUUGAAUACCAAACUAGAGGCGGCAGUGGACGCACUUUCCCUGUCUGUCGAUGUAUGUUGUGUCUCCAAAACACGCGUACAAGACCUCACUUCUGUCAUGCUCCUCAAGCCGCUUAAGACGAUCCCAGAUGUUGCACAUUUCACUCUUCGGGCAUCCGGUGAUCCUGACACAAUGGCUUGUGGUAUCUACGGUGUGGGAGUUGCACUCAGCCUCAAAGCUAAAAGCGCCUUACUGGACUGGAUCCCAGUAAACAGUCGUCUUUGCGCUGUUUGGUUAUCUGGUUUCUAUAAUCACGCUAUCCCAACCGUUCCCUGCGCACAUCUAGAUACCCAUAUGACAUCCCUUUUUUACACCGAACAGUAUAACUCUUCAUGCUCGGCGCUCUCAAACUGCAAAGUGACUUUGGAAAUCAUUGAACAGUGCAUCGAAGCUCUCCAGUUGACUUUGCCAAUCUUGGAACAGUACUCUCGAGUGGAGCAAAGCAUCUCUGAGGGUCGGUUUCAUAAUGCAUUACGCACGCUUGAGGAUCUUGAACGUAAUCAACUCGACCGUGUUCGUUCGUAUGCCUUUUCUGAGGUUAUGAGUUACCGAAUCCCGAUUAUGCGGGCUGAGAUAAAGAAUGCCAGUCUCGCCCAGCUGACCGAUUUUCUUGAGCACAUACGGAAACAUUCUGUUCGACUGGGUGCAAUAGCAAUGAAGGAAAGCGCUGAUAUUUCAGGCAUGGACAGUGAGGAGCUUCUAGGUUCCAUAGGCGGCGGAUCCAAAGAGUCUUCAAAGAUGAAUGAUCCUGAAAGUCAAACUCUUGACUCGCUCACGGGGUCCGGACGUUCGAAACAAAACAGCGGUGAUGCUGCAGCAGUUGUCUUGGAGAAAGAGCUUGAUGAACUUCGCUUGGUUGCAGCGGAUUGUUACGAUGAGGAUGGGACAGUUACGGGUUCCACAACCUCAUCCAAAUGCAUACCAGCGCAUCUAAGGAUGGAGGAUCUGGUUGAUUUCGGCCCCGUCUAUCGCUGUCUCCACAUACAUACGAUGUUGAACGAACGCCCCGAAUUUGAACGGUAUUAUUGCGCCCAACGUCGAAAACAAUGUCAACUUAGUCUCAGUCUGACUAUGAACCAACAGACAAACCUCCGCAAGUACGCUGAAUUCUUCGGUGGUAUAUGUGGAUUUUUCUUCAUCGAUGACUAUCUGCGCCAUACAGUGCCCGGUUCGUCCACAUCAUUCCAGACAUAUUUAGAUGAGUUGUGGGGCGCCACCACGGAGAGAUUGGUUGAAUUCGCCCGACUAAACUCGGAUGCAUGUGAGUCGGCGGACGAGCUUAUACGGUUGAAAGACUAUUCAACCUUGUUCAUCCGGACCAUGACUAGUUUGGGCUUCCCCGCAGCCGGUCUUUCGGAAAUGAUUGCAUGGAUCCAGCGAAAGUAUCACCGACUUUUGGCGGGUCAGUGGCGAGAAAAAUUUGACAUGAAUUAUGCGGACAGCCGUUGCAUACGAAUCCACAACGUUCUUUCAGCUAUCAGGUUUGAAGUAAUUCUCAGCCAGGAUGAUUUCACCCCCAUAAAAAUAGCGAACUCUGAUGAAAUGAACAAACUGGUGAAUCUUUAUCCACCUGGACUCACCGCGGAGCUUGACGCCUUACCGUACCCCCGCCAGCUGUGCUACUCUUGGAUGGUCCCACGCAUUUACAAAACAGUGCGGGAUUAUAUCGACUUGUGUGGUCGAUUUUGUGCUCAUGUCGAUCUCUCUUGUAGUGAGCUGGAGGAUACAGUGAAUCGAGUGACUAACUCGUUGUUCAUCGACUGCUUGAACGUGGUCCUGGUCAGUAGCAUUCGACAGUCCGAGCGUAUGCUUCCUCGGCUUAUACAGUUUUGUACAAAUUUGGAGGAGCUUGAAACUGUAUGUGGUCAUUUGGAUGCUCAUCUACAGACGUUGAUCCCCACAGCGGCUGUGAACGAAGUUGUGGACUCAAGUUCUCGAAAUCUGAUCCCCAGUAGACACACCAAUCAGGAAACAGAUCUGGCUCCAAACUUGAUUACCGGCGCCAAUCCUCCAAGAAGUCGGUUGCAUGGUGCCUCACUCCUCAAAGACAUCCGCUCCCUAGUCGAAAGUCUCAUUUAUGAUCACCUAAACAACUGUGUGGAGGAAUUCAUCGGCAUGGUCAGUUACAACCAGGCGAGCACCGGUGAAUUAAAUGGCAGUUCAUACCCGGUGGCUUUGAAUGGAGCUGUCAGUGAGACGUCUCUCAAACCAAAUGAGCACAUUGUGGACAUGACAACAUGGCUGUCGACCACAUUUCAGGCUUUCGCAAACAUUCCUCCAAAAGUUGCGCAAACCGCUUGCAUUUCUGUGUGCAAGUGCAUUGCCGCUGCGCUGUACAGAUUGCUGUUAAACCCACAGUUUUGUGAAUUAUCAGAACUGUCCAUAAUGCAAAUGAGUGCGGACUUGAGUCAGUGCGAAAACUUCGUUCGGACACAACCGGUACCCGGUGUAGACCGCCAAAUGCUAUGGCUCAUAUUUGCCGAUCUCCGUCAACUACUGGACCUGUUUCGACGGGAGGACUGGGCGGUAUUCAUCUCUUCCUACGGAAAACCAGACAACCCGUACGAUCGUGUUUCGUCAACUGUAGCAAUCAGGCUUCUAGAGCGCGCCAGAGAAACCGAGAAGAAGCGUGGCGGAAUUUUAGGCGGAUUGUUCAAGGGAGAUCGUGAUCGUCGAAGAAAAGUCGAUGAUGUCCUCCGUCAACUACGUGACAUUAAAAUUCAUCCUCGCCAAUGAAUCUCCAGAAGCUUUCCAACUUACGAAACCCCCAGUGCAAACGGACUCUUAGUCGUGCGAUCUCCAGCUUUCCAGUCGGAUAUUGUCUUUCUUCGGCCAGUCAUAUCGCAUUGGAUUAUCACUUGUUGAUGCACUGAUCUUCGAAGUUGCUUUAAAAGACACGUGGAUAGUUCCGAGCAGUUGCAUUAUUUUCAAGUGUUGUUUAUCGUUUUGUACUUAAUGACUUCUUCAAAUGCCGUUUGUUAAGAUUCAUUACUCGCUACAAAAGUUCACUGAACUCCGGAA